AUGCUUCCUCCAACUUAUGGCAAUCUGAUCACCAUUCUAAGCAUUGAUGGAGGUGGCAUCAGGGGCAUCAUUCCUGCCACUAUUCUUGAAUUUCUUGAAUCGGAACUUCAGAAAUUGGAUGGAGAACAAGCAAGAAUUGCAGAUUACUUCGAUGUAGUUGCGGGAACCAGCACCGGAGGUCUAAUAACUGCCAUGUUAACCGCUCCGGAUGCUAAUAAUCGUCCCAUUAUGGCUGCUGAAGAUAUCGUUCCAUUUUACACGAAAAAUGGACCUGAAAUAUUCCCACAAAAGUGGUUAGGGUCAGUUGAAAGUACUAUUGUUUCAUUAGGAGCUCCAAAGUAUGACGGGAGAUACCUUCAUCAACUGAUAAGGGACAACUUAGGACAGACUAGGUUGCAUCAAACUUUAACCAAUGUUGUCAUCCCAACAUUUGACAUAAAGCUUCUGCAACCAACUAUAUUCUCCUCUUAUGAGUUGAACAAUUUGCCAUACUUGGAUGCUCUAUUGUCUGAUAUAAGCAUUGGGACAUCUGCUGCGCCAACAGUAUUUCCAGCUUAUUAUUUUAAGAAUGGUACUGAUAGCUCUGGAAACCCUUGGGAAUUCAAUCUUAUAGAUGGUGGCGUCGCUGCAAAUAAUCCGGCUUUGGUUGCUAUAAGAGAAGUAACCAAACAAGCGUCGCGAAACGAUCCAAAUUUCUUCCCAAUUCAGCCACUGGACUAUGGGCGAUUGCUGGUGAUCUCAUUAGGCACAGGACGUGCAAAACAAGAACUGAAAUAUAGUGCUGAAAUGGCAGCAAAAUGGGGCUUGUUUGGCUGGCUCAUACAAGGAAAUUCGUCCCCAUUAGUCGAUGUUUUUACACAAGCACCUGCAGAUAUGGUGGAUUAUUUCAUAUCAGUCGUCUUCCAAGCACUCCAUAAUGAUGACAAUUACCUCCGUAUUCAAGACGACACGCUGACCGGAGUAACUUCGUCAAUCGAUGUUACCACGAAGAAGAAUCUAACAGACCUUGUGAACAUUGGGCAAAAUUUAUUGAAUUCCCCAGUUUCCAGAGUCAAUUUUCAGACAGGAAACACUGAGGCCAUUGCCAAUGGUGGUACAAAUGAAGAGGCUUUGAUAAAGUUUGCAAAAUUGUUAUCUGAUGAAAAGAAACUCAGAGAGUCAAACUCACAGCAGCAAACCAAUUAA